GAUCCUCUCGGCCUCGGGUUUCAGUCGUGAGUGUGAAUCAAGUGUGUGCAGUUCACGAUAAAUUUCCAAAAGUUUCGCAAGCCCCUGGAAGCCCACCCUGGCAGGACCACCAUCCAAGAAUAAAAAAUCCAUCGACCAUCGGAAUUCGCCCCAUGGGAGUCCCAUAAUACUCCAAGGACUCGAUAAAAAUUGAGUGAUUAAAAUAAAAUCCAUAGAACUCCUGGGGAACCAUCAGAGAACUGGAGAAUAAAGGAGUAGAAAGGGGGAACAAUAAAUCAGGGAUAUCAGGGAUAUCGGGGAUAUCAGGGAUAGAGGUAAGGACUAUCAGGUCAGGACUAUCAGGUAGAGUGAAUAAAAAUGGAUAAAGAAGAGUACGAGCGAGGCUUCGCUUUUCCCCCGAUAAAACGUGACUCAGACUCGAUGGACGAUUUCGAGCACGUCGAGGACGAGUUAAAAUCAUCGAAUGAUUCAAACGCGACAACCCAGCUGGUGGACGUGUCCCGAGCCCCAACGAAUCUUUUCGACAGAGAAAUAACGACAGGGCGAAAUCUCCUAGACACAACGGUCCAGGACGAGGGUAAAGAGGAUAUCCUGAAGCCGGUGCCAGCGACACCACCGCCAUCCGCCGAUUUUGAGAAAUUCUCUGAUGAAAUGUCAGGCGAUCCCUUCACAUCAAAUCUCCAGGAUCACCUCGAGAAAUUCGAUGCCAAGAGGAUGACCGAGGAUUUCGUCCAAGCAGAGAGGACUGGUGACGACGACAAGGAGGAGAGUGUCAACGACUUCUUCGGGAGGGGAUCUGAUGAUGACUCAAGUGCUAAAUCAAUGAUCGAGAGGGAGAGGGUCUUCCAGGGGGAUAAGGAAAUUCAGGUGAAGGAGUCCGUGUUGCCGGCACCUGAGAAACCACCGGUUAUGGAUUUUCUUGGUGAUGACGUUGUUGCACCCACUAAACCACUGCCACCUGUACCAAGGGAUGGAGCUAUCAGUGGGAAUGAGACUGGUGAUGAGGAAUUCGAGUCGGAACCUGAACCAUCACCUAUCAAGGCUAUUGCCACCAGGGGAACUCACACCAAGAGGCAGGACAUCGAGGAAAUUGCACCCAGGAAGAUAUUCGCUGAUAUGGGGCUGGACGCAUGGUUUAACCCAGAAAGACUGACUCCGAAAGUGGCUGCGCUGAUAUACUGGCGUCAGCCAGAAAAAACAGGAGCUGUUUUUGGGGCGAUAAUGGGCGUUCUCCUGUCGCUGGCCUAUUUCAGUCUGAUCAGCGUGUUCUCGUAUGUCGCCCUGCUGACCCUCACCGGAACCCUGGGUUUCCGCAUCUACAAGACCAUUAUGCAGGCUGUCCAAAAAACAUCGGACGGACAUCCAUUCAAAGACAUUCUGGAGGUGGACUUGACCCUACCUGCGGAGAAGGUACACGAAGUUGCUGAUGUCUUCGUGGCACAUGCCAAUGCCGCAGUAUCUGAACUCCGCAGACUUUUCCUCAUCGAGGAUUUCAUUGACUCAUUAAAAUUCGGAGUGUUCCUCUGGUGCAUGACUCAUGUCGGAUCCUGGUUUAAUGGAAUGACACUUAUCAUAAUUGGAGUCGCAGCGCUCUUCACACUUCCCAAAGUCUACGAGACGAAUAAAGCGCAGAUCGACCAGAAUCUUGCAUUAGUGCAUGGCAAGAUCAACGAGCUCACCGCAAAGGUCAAAGCAGCAAUUCCCCUCGGCAAAAAGGCAGAGCCUACCAAGGAGGAGUAAAUUCCACCCUCAAAAAGAAAAAAAAUAUUAGAACAAAAAAGCAAUGAUAAUGCAACUGAUGGAGAUGGGAGAAAACUCAAUCAUCGUGGGUACUCCUUUUUUUUACAAUUAAUUAAAGAAAUCCCAUGAAAGAUUUGUUUUGAAGAACUUGAACUGGUGCGAGGUGCCUUUUCACUCACCUCAGCACAAAUCAAAUUGUAUUAACGAAAAAGGAGAUCACCCACUGCAAAAUCUCUCAUGUGAACAUAAUAAAUAAAACCAGAAAGAAUUUUAAACUAAGAUGAAGUCUCUAGAUACUAAUUAAUUGUCGCGACGUUGAAUCAUUUUUUCUUGAAGUGCAAUGACGUCGCUUCACUCUUCACCUUUUUGUCUUAAAAAAGAAACAUAAAACGGAGAAAAAAAAUA